AUGUCCAACUCUCAGAAGAGCAGCGAUGCCAUUCCCAAUCGACCUCCUUCCCCACAACCCCUCACCCCCGCUUUACUUUUUGAAAGGUUCUACGCUGUGCGCUCCCUCGAAAUGGGCAAGAAAAGACGUGGUCCCUCCCUAGAGGAGCUUCUGGACCGUCCGUGGUGUUAUUACUGUGAACGUGACUUUGACGACUUGAAGAUUCUCAUUUCCCACCAAAAGGCCAAGCACUUCAAGUGUGACCGAUGCAACCGCCGACUGAAUACUGCUGGAGGUCUUUCCGUGCACUUGAGUCAGGUUCACAAAGAGCAGCUGACUGAGGUUGACAACGCACUGCCCAACCGCAUGGGACUUGAGGUUGAGAUCUUCGGGAUGGAAGGUAUCCCUGAUGAGGUCCUCAAGGCUCACCAGCAGCGCGUCGCAACCCAAUUCCAGCAGGAAGAGCUCGAGCGCCAGGCCGUUACUGGUAACCCUCCCGCCGGCAGCACCGCUAGCGGUCAACCGGCAAAGAAGCCUAAAGUCGAAACUACAUCUGAUCUGAAGAAGCGAUUGGCGGAGCACAAGGCCAAGCGCGCAGCACAGGCACUUGGCGGAGUUAGCAGUGGCGACGUCACCCCCGUGGGUGCUUCUCAGACCCCGACUGGUGCUGUCCAAUCUGCCCAGUCUACCCCGACUCCCACGCCUGGUUUCACCCAGCCUCAGCCAUACUCUUACCCCCAGCCCUACGGCGGAAAUGCCGCGGCGGCCGCUCCUUCAUUCUCGCAAACCGCCAGCCCCAGCUAUCCCACCUAUUCCCCUGUCGGUGGACCACAGGCGGCUGGCGCUUCGCCCUACACCCCGACCGGACACCCUCAGGCAUUCCCCGCUGGGCUACCUGCGCAGCCCCCAGUCUCUUACGGAGCUCCACCUUCUUUCGGCCAGCAACCCCCAGCACCCGAAAACAAGGGCAUAGGUCUGCCGGCUGCUUCCCAUUUACCUCAACGUCCUGCUUUUGCCGCACCCCCAGUCAACGCGCACCAAAUGCAACAGAUGCACAUGGGUCAUCAGGUCCCAACCCCCGCUACAACGGUCUACUCGAACGGUCACAACACUCCAGCACCCGCCCAGACCCCCAUUGAUGACCAGGUUCCAGGCGCACAGGAUGCUGCCAAGACAGAAGGCGCCGAGAAGCCCGCCAAGAAAGAAAAGACGAAGCCCGCCGUUCGAAUGAUCUACAACCACGAUACCCUGAGCCCAGAAGAAAGAAUGGCGCAGCUGCCCCGAUACGCCUGGAAACCCGACCACAGCGCCGAAACUGUUCUUGGCGAUGUUCCCGACUCCACCAUCGUGGGCGCCAUCCAAGACUCCGAUACGGUGCUUGACCCCGCUCAUUAA